AUGCGAGAAGGAAGGCUCGGAGGCGCAUUUUGGACCGUAUGGGCUCCAUGUCCUGACACCCAGGGAGAAGAAACAGGGGCCGAUUUCAACGUGCCGACUAGUAGCCUCCGAGACUCGUUGGAAAUGCUGGAUCUGAUCCAAAACAUGAUCCAGAGACAUCCUCAACAUAUGCAGUAUGCACACUCGUCAGCGGACAUCAAGGGAGCUUUUUCCGCCGGCAAGAUCGCUUCGCUCCUAGGCAUGGAAGGGACUCACCUGCUAGGCAACUCUUUGGGCGUUUUGCGCAUGUUCGCACAGCUGGGUGUUCGCUAUCUGACUCUGACACAUAGCUGUCAAAGCUCCUUUGCUUCAUCGGCUGGGUACGGACACCCAGGCCUUGUGCCUGUACAUGCCGACAAUGGGUUGACGGAUCUGGGACGCGAAUUGAUUAAAGAGCUGAAUCGACUAGGUAUUAUGGUGGACCUCUCCCACACCACAGCCGAGACGAUGAAGCAAGUUCUUGCCAUCACCAAGGCGCCGGUUGUCUGGACACAUGCAGGGGCUCGACAGCUGUGCGAUCAUCCGCGUAACGUGCCGGAUGAAGUUCUUCGAAUGAUUGGGGACGGGCCGGAAAAGAACCACGGCGUCAUCCAAUCUGUCUUCUAUCCACACUUUAUCAGUACCGGCCCGUCAGCUAACAUGAGUGGCGUGGCAGACCAUAUCGAAUACAUUGCUUCUAUUGCAGGGAAGAAGCACGUCGGUAUUGCCUCGGAUUUUGAUGGAAUGUACACCUCGGUCGAGGGCCAGGAAGAUGCCAGCAAGUAUCCCCACCUUGUGGCAGAACUUCUUUCACGAGGUUGGACCGAAGACGAGAUGCGGGAUGUCAUGGGAGGAAAUCUCAUGCGAGUCAUGGACGAGGUCGAUGCCUUGAAAGAACGGUUGAAAGACGAGCUCCCCUCAUCUGCCGUGUGGGAGAAGAGAACCGAUUUACCCGCAACGGGCUGGGGAAUGGUCGGAAAUAUAUCGUUCUUCCCUAUUGAGGUUAAGAAAGUGAUUGAUAACGCAUACCCGAGGCAUGAUGAGUUAUGA